CUUGAAGCCCACUAUAUUAUUUUGCGUAUGUGGGCUUCUUGGGCAAACCAUGAAGAAAACAUGGUGAUGUUAUGAGUUUAGAGACGACGUUAACCUUUCAGAAGACAGUGCGAUUGGACAAAUCUCAUCGUCACACGUAUUCAUGCCUCAGCCUGUUGUAUUUUAACAUUGUUUGCGGGAUGGUGCUUUAUGAUGAGAAGUCUGAGCAGAGAGACCCGGAAUAACGGAGCACAGCUGACAGGGUAAACAAACGGUCGCAUGUUAUGUGUCAGAGUUGAGUCUCGUAUGGUGGCAACACGCGAACGGUUGCAGGAGGUUGGGAGAGGCAGACAUCCGAGUUUAAUGCAGGUGGGCCAGAGGUGUAACAUGACAGCGCACUGCUCCAAAUCCAUCCGCUGAAGCGAAGGAGGAUAGCCCUUCAGGCAACAUAUCGGAGACAAGACAUUGUUUGGGAAAGGCUGUUUUAUCGCCGUAGCACAUCACAUUUAGCUGCAUCCAGCUCUCACAGUGCCAGUGGUUUGUCGGCACGAGCAGUGUUGUUGUUGUUGUUGUUGUUGUUGUUGUUGUUGUUGUUCCAUUGCAGACAUGUCCUUUACAAUGGAGGAUAGUGUGGAGUCGGGAUGGGUGGCCGUCCGGACAAAUGCGUUUGAGGAGAGGGAAAAGCAUAAAUUUGUUUUCAUCGUUGCCUGGAAUGAAGUGGAGGGUACAUUUGCCAUUACAUGUCACAACAGGACGGUGCAGAGGAAAAGCUUUGGUAGAGACCCGCCGGCGCAGGCGACUGGCCAGGAUGGGGACAAAACAAAAUGGCCCGAAAGUCCCGUCAGAGAUAAAGUAUCUAAGAGCCCUAGCAAAGGAGCCAAUGAGGCUGAGGUUAAAGGCUGCAGCUCGAAGACCAAGUCCGUCAUAACAACCAAAUCAAAUCCUGUCAAAAUACAAGCGGUGUUUAAAUCUGCAGCAUCUCCCAUUAGUCCCGAUAACGAGGUGUUACAAUCCUUAAGAGGGGACCUCUUGUCCCCCUCACUGGACAGCUUGGACCUGGAGGAACUGGACCUUCUGAGCAGGGAGGACUGCAGCUGGGCCGGACUCUUCUCCUUCCAGGACCUCCGGUCUAUUCACCAGCAGCUGUGCUCGGUCAACUCGGACCUGGAGAGCUGUCUCCCGGUGUUUCCGGAGGAACCAGCCGGUAUGUGGACGGUGCUGUUCGGCCCAGCCGAAGUACCGGAGACCGAGAUGGAUGAGCUUUGCUACAGUUUACAGUUGUACUUAGGCCACGCGCUCGAUACGUGCGGAUGGAAGAUCCUUUCGCAGGUUCUGUUCACGGAAAACGACGACCCAGAUGAGUACUACGAGAGCCUGAGCGAGCUGAGGCAGUCCGGGUACGAAGAGGCGCUCAGCCGUGCAACCAAACAUCUGCAGGAGCUGCUGGAGAAGCACAAGACCACGGACAGCAUGGUGGAGCUGUUGGAGCUGUAUAAGGAGGAAGAUGAGGCCUAUGCAGGACUGCUAGAGGCCUCCACACAGCUAUACCAGUACCUGCUGCAGCCCUUCAGAGACAUGAGGGAACUAGCAAUGCUACGCAGACAGCAGAUCAAGAUUUCCAUGGAGAAUGACUACUUGGGCCCAAGGAGGAUUGAAGCUCUAAAAAAAGAGGACUUUGACUGGCAGAAGAAAGCUCAAGAGGCAGUCCUCAACAUCCAGGAGUUCACUAUAAAAUACUUUGAGAUCACUGCCAGAACCCAGAAAGGGGUGUAUGAGCGUAUGAAGGUGGACCAGCGUAAGUUUGGUAAAUCUUCAUGGACAGUGGCGGUGGAGCGCAUGGAGAGUCUCCGCUACUCUGUUGCCAAGGAAACACUGCAGCUCCAGAGAGCCAAGGAGAUCAGUCUGGAGCAGAGGAAAUGCACACUUCGAGAGGAGAUGCAGAGUCUGUGUAGCAGUAAAGAUGCCAUGGCCCUCUUAGACCACAUGGAGACACAGUACUAUGAGCGCCAGCUCCAACUGUACGACAUCCAGGCUGAGAUACUGCAGUGUGAAGAGCUGCUCUUCACCGCUCAACUAGACAGCAUUCGCAGACAGAUGUCAGAAUUUCAAGAUGAGGUGGUGUACUAUGACACCUUUGAAAGUGCAGAUGACAUAAAAGAGGACAAUGCUGCAGAGAGAGAAGAGCUGCGCAGACUUCAGGUCAGCGCUCGUCAGCUGGAGGCGAGAAGAGGGCGCAUCACUGCCAAGCGCUCCUAUCUGAGGAACAAAAAGGAGAUCUGUGUAUCCAACCAUAUUCAGAAACAGCGGACACGGCAAACCAUCCACAAGGACUCUAUAUCCCACCAGCUGAAAUAUGAAGACGAGGAAGACGAUGACAAAAAGAAUCGCAGAGCUAGUCAGGAGAGGCAGAGAACUCUAGACAGACUACGCACUUUCAAGCAGCGGUACCCAGGUCAGGUGAUUCUGAAGUCCAUUCGACUACGUGUGGCCCACACCAGAAGAAGAGAGCGUGGAAGGAGCAUGGAAAUCAGUAGUGUGAGUGAGAGGGAGGAGCAUGUGGACUGUGUGCAGGCGCAGGGCCACCUGCUGUGUCUCAGUACCAGUGUGCAGACGGACCCCAGCUCCACACUCACCACUCAGCCCGUCACAGUCCUCACAGCAUCCCUUCCUCCUGUGCCUGUGCCCAGUCCUGCAGACUCCUCCUGCUCUCCCUGUUCCUUGUCCUCACUACUGGCAUCUCAGAUAUACCCUCCUCCUCCACCUCCACCUCUCCUGCCAAUUAAGGAAGAGCUUUUGCCCUCAGGGAGCCCAGCCCGGCAUGGGCAGAAGGUUGAGGGGAAAAAAUCAGCAGAUGAAGUCUCCCCUCUUGGUCCAUUUAUCCCUCGAUUCUUUGACAGCAGCCAACUGUUGAAUGCCCGGAUAAAGCUGAGGAAGACUCCAGAGUUUGAUUCCCACAGCAGAAGAGUGAGCUCGCCCAUGGACGAGGUGCUAGCCUCCCUGAAGAGAGGCUGCUUUCAACUGAAGAAGGUCGACCAGCAGCCUCUGCCUCCUUCCACGGAUGACGAUGAAUGCAAUAGCAUCCUGGCUCAGAUCCGAAAGGGGGUCCAACUGAGGCAUGUCCCCAAGAAGGAAAUAAAGGACAAAGGAGAACUCCCGGUCUCCACCGACCCUCUGACCCGGAGCAUCUAUGAGGCGCUGCGCCGCAUAAAGGAAGCCUCACCAGAUUCCGACUCAGACGACGACGGGCUAGCCGCCCAUGACUGGGAAAGCUAGGGUUCAACUCUCAGAACCAACAACUAAUGCAUACACAGAUGCCUGCACCCUCUGGCACUGCACACACUGUACUGUAAUGUACUGUAAAGUGCUGCGUUGUACUGUACUUGCACACACACAGCCCAGUCCCACAUAGUGACUAUGCCAUUGCCCGAGUCAUACUGAAUAUCACUAAUUCACCAAUGGCUCCAAAGGUCUAUGGUCGACCUGUUCAUUUGUUUUUUACACUGCAUUCACCAUCAUGAAGGACAUCAGUCGUGUUUUUAUUUAUACUGUAUGUUUCUGUGGUUUUAUUCCUAUAUUCAGAUUGUGUUGUUGAAGCUCUGCACUGGCAUGUUGUGGCUAUUAACAUUCAGAAACAGCACAUAACACAUUUACAACUGACAGUUAUUUGUGAAACUGAAAACCUCAUGCAAAAAUCUAUUUGUGCUGAGUGUGAGAUAUGUGAUUCAUUUCCCACUAAAACACAAGAGUGAGACUAUAACCCAAAUAUGUAACGGGUAUGGUUAAUAAUUUGGGGUCAUGUGGGAGAUUGAAAAUGAAAUAAAAGAUAAUUUUGAGAUUUAAAACCAUUACACAACCACCUCUGCUGAAGCUCUGUUCUAUUUUUACUCAACCAGUGUAACUGAACCACACUGUAUGCUGCACAGCUGGUUUUGUCCAGUCAAAAGUGGGUGUGUUAGUGUCCAACAGGACAACUGCUUGUCUAAUCUGACACUGCACAAAGACUGUAAAUCCUUUAGUCCGUCACGCCACACUUGUGCCCCUCCUCCCUAUCGUCUUCUUGCGACCUUCACCACCCCUAACUCUCACCAUCCUUCUGGGUGACGGAAAAUAUAUCAACCCAUCUGUUCGACCGCAACAUAUGGCCAGGCUGGUGGGAGAUAUGGAG